AUGGCUAGAAGACGAACAGAUCUGCUGCCCGUAUGCAGUGAAAUUGUGCAAACAGCUUCUCUAGUUGAGAAGCUGUCCGCACGACUUUUGAUGCAUGGGGCCAAAUGUAUCCAUGUAGGUUGCUGUAGUAGUCUCUUUCGUCUGAUCGCCAACAAGAUGCAAAGCCAGGAUCUUUUGAGAGAUGUAGCCACUUUGCUGACAGGAGCUGAACGUUACUUGUCAGAGAGUUUACACAAUGAAAACCUGAGCAGCAGAGCUAAGGAGCAAAGAGAUGAAAUUCUGCAAAGCAUCCAUCAAAUCCAAAACAGAUAUCCCUUUGAAUUCCUGCAGAGAGGAAAUGAAGGAACCAGCAUAUCCCUAGGAAAUGAAGGCUUGGAUGAGAGCCAUAAUAAGAGUUGUGGGCAGUCUCUGACAUCUGACGAUGUCUCUCUUACCUCAGAUAACCAAGAUGAGGCAGCUAUUACCUUUAUGAUUACUGUACAGUAUUAA